AUGGACGACCCAUCACACCCAGAGCAGAAUCCUCAGAUUCCAGGGAGUCUUCCCCAACCCCCAGAGCAGCCUCAGUCGAUAUCACAGACAUACAAAGCAUUGACCUUGGAGAUGGUCUUGUCUUCGCAAUCCCAGGACCAUCCACUCCCCCAGGCAUCGCAGACCUCCCUUCCAUUAGAAGAGAAGAAGGAGGGAAUGUGGACGAGGGUGAAGAAGGCGAUGACGGCUUCACAGAGUUCGAAAGGAUCUGGAUCCAAAAUCUCCUCGACGGCAUCACGACAGAAGAAAGGGAUGACCCCUAUACAAGAAGUGAGUAUCUCAACGCAGUCGCAGACACAAGAGAGUACUUCUGUGGAGAUGACCUUGCGGAGGAUAGCGGAGAACUUGGCCUUGGGGCCUCCACCGCAACUACCACCGGUCCAGCUGCCACAGACCCCUAUGAUGGAAGAAUUGCGCCAGGUGGCAGAAGAGAGUGGCAGGGGAUCCCUGUGGUGUGGUACCCCCACACAAGUUGGGUCUUCACCCGGGAAGAAACUCCUGUGGCCAGAGUAUCAGCCCAAACCCCAGGGCCCGAGGACACCCCCAUUCCAUGGACCAUUACCCUUCCCGCUGAAAUGGAGCAGCGUAUCUGGGACACCAUUGAGUCAUACAACCUGGAUACUCACCCCGAUACUGCUGGUGGAAGUGCCUCCGCCGACGAACUCUCCGGAGUCCCUGCUUUCACCCCGUCAGUUGCACCAAGAGCGUUCACCGCUCCUGUCCCCUUCAAUCAGUGACCAUGGACUGAUGAGUACAAUGCGCUCGUCGAGUCCAACUUCGACCUUCGAGCUGCCCAGAUCACCCCAGAAGGAGCAACCCAAAUGGACAGAGCAAGAACGAACAGCACACGCACCCAAAAUACCGAGCGGAGGGCCAUACGAGAUCUCGAGUACCUCCCCCUCGAGCCAGACACCACGGAUGACGAGGCACAAAGAAGAAUCAGAGCCGCAGAGCUUCGAUUCCAUGAAGCACUUCAAAGAACAAAUGACGAAGGCAUUCUCAUCGACCUCCGACACCGGUUCAAGAAUGAGGUCUCCGAUGAAGACUGCUCUGACCUCGCCGAGUGGAGAAGGAGGCGUAACCUCCGGGAAAGACGACAAUGAGAACGCGGGGAGCCAAGGUGGGAAACCCGAGCAAGUCGACAGUGGGAUGCCAAGGAGGCUGCCCAAUUCCACGAUCGCCACAGAAGUAUUACGAUUUUGCGCCUUAUCUUAUCUUAUCGGUUCUAUCGUAAUCUCGCUAUGCUAA